AUGACGACUUCCCAAAGAAUAUUACAAAUCCUCUUAAAAGCCUCCACUAUUGGAAAAUGGAGACCAAAUGGUAACUUGUUUGGCCAAUCCACAGAACACAAAGGAUCUGUCAAUGAAAUUUCAGUUCACGACAGCUUGUAUUGGUUUGUGACAGGUGGCAACGAUGGAACAGUAAGAUUGUGGGAUCUCACCAACACUGAAAGAGAUUUUGCAAUGAAUUCUAAAAUGACGUAUACCAUCAUUCAAGGAGGAGGAAGAGUGAACUCGGUGGCAAUUCUCAAUGUGACAUCUCCUCUCAUUGCUGCUUGCACAGAUAAGGGAUGGAUUCACGUAUUCAGCGCAGAUUUAGGCACUACCAUGUACACUAUAACCAUUUCGGAUAGUGGUGCAAUAUUUGUGCAAUCUUCAAGCGGGUCAAAAACUCAAGAAGCAUCCAUUAAUGUGGUGAGACCUCUCAACAUUGGAAAUCAACCAUUACUAAUUUGUGGAAAUCAAAAUGGAAUGGUUGUAGGUAUCGAUCCAAGAGCUGCCAGAGAGGCAUUUUCAUGGAAAUCAAAAGAGGCACUCGAACAGGGACCAAUCUCAGAAAUUUGUUGUGGCGACAAUGAACCUUGGGUGAUUUCUUCGACGAAGCGUGGAUUCCUCACAUUGUGGGACUUGAGAUAUCAAAUUAGCGUUUCCAAUACGCGAAUUAAUGAAAGUGCCAUUAACAGAAUUAGCAUUUGUAAGAAUAGCGUUUUGACCAGUUCAUUCUCAUCUCCGUCUGUAUAUAUCGCAUCUCAAAACAAUGACAUUAAUUUAUGGAGUUUGGAAACACAACAAACCUUAUACAAGUUCAGAUAUUAUGAGGAGAGAAAACAAUUUUCGACAGAGGAGCCUACCUUUGAUAUUAAUGCUUUAUAUGUGAAUGAUUAUGAUGGAUGUUUUUAUUCUGGCAGCAGUGAUGGCAUUGUGAGGUUCUGGGAUGUGAACAAAAUUGAUCAGAGUUAUGUUGUCAGUGGCGCCUCUCAACAAGCAUUUAUGUAUGGUGCUAAGAAGGAAGAUAACUGUACGGUAUUUACUGAGGAUGUGAUGUCACUCCAACGAACCGAUCAAUCUCUCACCUCAAGUACAACAAGCAACAGAGGAAAGGGAGGUACUUUCUCACAACCCAUUGCUACACAUCACUUGGACACAAUUACUGAUAUUGAAGUUGUGUCUGGAGUAUCAAAAGGCCAUUUCCAACCUCUCUUGUUGACUGCCUCUCGUGAUGGUAUGCUUAAGGUUUGGAAAUAG